ACUGAUAGCCUGAAUCUUGCCCAGUCCUCUGUCAAAGCAAUCCAGGUUGGUGGUUGCCUCUCGUUCUGCAGUUUAACUCUGUGUUGUGCGAAGAAGGACUUUCUUCACCUCUGUCCUGAAUCUUCCAACUCUCAGAGGCAGAGAGAGAGAGAGGGAGAGGGAGAGGGAGAGAGGGUAGCUAUCUGGGGCCUCCUGCCUGGCCUAUGUAGCCCCACCCCAGGGCUGGCUGCCACCCUGCUUUGGCUCGGCCCCACUGAGCCAGACCACCCAACCUCUGGCCAAGUAUGGCCCCGCCCAUACAAGGAGGAGGAGCCGCAGCUUUGGCCCAGGGUAUAAAAGGCUCCAGCCGUGGAAGAGGCUUCAGCUUCGCCCAGAAGGUUUCGCCCAGCAGCCAAGCAAAGUACCCAACCCUCAGCCAGCCACCAUGGUGCAUUGGACCACAGAAGAGAGGGAGAUCAUCACCCAGAUCUGGAGCAAAAGCGACGUGGCCGUGAUUGGGGCCGAGGCCCUUGGCAGGUAAACCUGCACCCCUCCCCUCCACUCUCCCACUUGGGACAGGGCAGGCGUGUGUUCUUCAGCCAAGAUGACCACCUCUCUCCCUCUCUCCCUCUCUCUCUCUCUCUCUUGUUCUCUCUCCUUCUUUCCAGCUUGCUGGUGGUGUACCCCUGGUGCCAGAGGCUCUUUGCUCAGUUUGGCAACCUCUCCAGCCCUGCCGCCAUCAUGGGCAACCCCAGGGUCAAGGCGCACGGCAAGGUGGUCAUGGCCUCCUUCGGAGAAGCCAUCAAGAACCUCGAUAUGAUCAAGUCCACUUUUGCCAAUCUGAGUGAGCUGCACUGCAACAAGCUCCACGUGGACCCUGAGAACUUCAAGGUGAGGCCCCCAUCUCCCCAAAGGGCUGCCCAGAGUGGCGUCUCCGCACGGGGUGGGUGGCAGGGAAGAGGGUGCCUGAGUUCCCCUCUGUGGAGACCAGGAGAAGGGAGCAGGAGGCAUGUGGGUGAGGAGAUAAGCACCCAUCCAGACCACUUGCCGGUAUUUCCUGGCCAAGAAGCCGGAGGCCCUCAGGCCACUCCUUAACGUUUAGCAGAGCAGCGAGGAGAAUCAUAGAACUGCAGAGUUGGGAGGGAAAUUGUCUUUGUCAACAAAACUUUUCUGAACUGUCUUUUUCUUUGCAAAUUGGCUGCAAAAUGUGGAGCCACAGAGCAGAGUGCUUUAGGUGUCGGGUGGGAUGACUCUUGGCUUUCCUUCCAACUCUGCAAUCCAAUGAUUCUAUCAUUCACAGGAGGUCUUUAAUCAGAGGGUUGGGGGGCUUCUGCCAGGGCUUCUUUAGCAGCAAUCCCUGCAUUUUGGGUGUGGACUAGAUGACCCUUGGAGGCGGCCUUCCAGCUCUACAAUUCUAAAGUUCUAUGGGUGUUAUGCUCGAGAUGUAAGAGGGAGGUGGGAACCUUUUAUCAUACAUGGUGGGGAUGUAAAAUUGUAAGGAAAUUUUGGAAUGAGGUAGAUGUGGAGCUGAAAAAAAAUAUUCAAGAUUUCAUUUGCCAAAAAGCCAGAGGCUUUUUCGUUAGGCCUAAUAUCAAAUGACAUUCCCAGAGAUAAAAAAAAAUGUAUUCCUUUAUGCAACAGCAGCGGCCAGUAUACUGAUUGCAAAGAACUGGAAGGGGGAGAAAAUGCCAUCAUUAUUAGAAUGGCAAAAUAAACUCUGAGUUUGUGGAAAUGGCAAAAUUGACGGCAACUAUUAGAGGCCAUUCAAAUCAGAGAAUAAUUAAAGAGUGGGAGGGAGUGAAGGAAUACAUGAAAAAAUAUGGUUCCGGAACUGGAAUAUUAAUGUGCAAAACAUGCAGGGGUAAGCAAGGAAAUAAUAAAAGAAUUAAUUGAACAAUGAUUAAAUUAUAACAACACAACAAGACGGAAGAAGUGAAAAUAAAAAUAAAAAAUUGAGAUCACACAUGGGUGAAGGGGAACGGGGGGGGGGGCGCAUAGGGGAAUUUGAAAUAUUAUUUAUAAUAUGAAAGCUUUAACCUAAAAUUUCUAACUGUGUCGUAUUUGUAUAAAGCAAAGAGAAGUUUGGAGUAAUUAGGUAUACUUUAAUUUAGUUCAUGAUGUAAUGGGUUUAUGUUAGAAAAUGAAUAUGGGUGUUGAAUUUGGAAAAGAAAGAAAGAAAUCUAAAGUUCUAUGGGGGGCUGGUUGUGACUCGGCCCUGCUCAAGCCUGGAGCCCUUUGGGCUUCGAGACCCCCAUCUCCAGCACCCACGCCCUUUCCAAACCCCGUGGCAGAGCCUGCCCGGCGAAAUCCACGCGUGGCACCGUCAUGGCAGCCUCUGAGGAAUGGUGGGGGGCAGAAGGGGGCGCCCCGCCCGAAUCCCGACCCUUUGCCCCCCAGCUGCCUGGCUGUGCCCCCCCCCGCCCGGCUCCCUUCCCCUUCGCGGUCUCCACCGAGCGCCUCUCUUCUCUUGCAGCUCUUGAUCAACAUGCUCCUGAUCGUCUUGGCCUCCCACUUCGGGAAGGAGUUCACUCCGACCGCCCACGCCGCCUUCCAGAAGCUCGGCAACGUGGUGUCACACGCUCUGAGCCGCCACUACCACUGAGCGACCCUCGACCAGGGCCAGCUGCCUCGCGGCCGCCCGGUCGCCGACGCCACCAGCACCGCCAGCGCCUUCCCUCGCGGGGAAGCCCCCUGCCAGACCCCCCACGCGGGGCCACUAGCUAAUAAACGUCACUCCCUGC